AGCUAGCUUGGAAACCCUUUACAGAAACAGCGUACGUUACAUGCGCAGCGACAAAGACUGCGAGCCCGAAACCUAUGGGGAAGAAAUAAAAAAAGACAUUCGGUAUCGUCGCACUCUGUACCUUGAGACCGUUAUUUUUCGAGAAGCUAGCCGCCCCAGAGCCUCGGUUGUGACGCCGAAAUUUGACGACGACGAAACCGGAUUCAGUGUUGGUUUGAAGUCGUUAAUUCGUUAAAGAGGACUGUGACGACUGGCAAUUUUUCCGUUGGACGGUCUGUAGGCUUGGGUAUAGCGGGAGCCGCCAUGGCAGUCGGGUCAUUGAGCCUCCACAUCGGGAUAUGAAGAGGAACUGCAUGUGUCCUGAGUCGUCGAGAAAACGACACGUUUGUCUUUGGUCCACGUUGGAUUAACAUCCGAGCCAACCCUCCUUCAUAAUUGUGGAAUUCAUACGGAAAAUAAUCGUUUUUUUAGCAGGGGCCACAGGGAGAGGCCAGAUUCAUGACUAUUUUAGACGGAGAGUCUUCUGAGGCCCGUUGAAAUAAAUCCUGGAGUUUAAGAAGGAAAUAUUUUCUGAUUGACCGUUGUUGGGAAAGAAAGGACUGUUUCAAACGAAUUGAUUUUUAAAAGAACAAAAAGUAACGCAAGGUACCGUAGGAUAAAAAGGGGGUCUCUUUCUGCCUGCCCUUCCUGUGGAUCACAGAUACAUAUUCAUUUACUGUCAAUCCUUUUUUGGAUGAGAAGGAUCGGUGAAUCGAUCAGCUCUUCCGUUUAGUCAAAGCCUCCCAGUCGAGAGAAUCAAAGGGAUUGGAUCAUGUCGGGUCGGCCCAGGACCACAUCUUUCGCCGAAAGCUGCAAACCAGUGCCGCAGCCCUCUGCUUUCGGCAGCAUGAAAGUCAGCCGAGACAAAGAUGGCAGCAAGGUAACGACAGUCGUGGCCACCCCAGGCCAAGGCCCCGACCGGCCACAGGAGGUGAGCUACACGGACACCAAGGUCAUCGGCAACGGGUCGUUCGGUGUCGUCUACCAAGCUAAGCUCUGCGACUCCGGAGAACUAGUGGCGAUCAAAAAGGUCCUACAAGACAAGAGAUUUAAGAACCGUGAGCUGCAGAUCAUGAGGAAGUUGGACCAUUGCAACAUAGUCCGCCUGCGCUACUUUUUCUAUUCCAGCGGAGACAAGAAAGAUGAAGUGUAUCUAAAUCUGGUUCUGGACUAUGUCCCUGAGACGGUCUACAGAAUGGCCAGACACUACAGCCGAGCCAAACAGACACUGCCCAUGAUUUAUGUCAAGUUGUACAUGUACCAGCUGUUCAGGAGUCUGGCUUACAUCCACUCAUUUGGAAUCUGCCAUCGGGACAUCAAACCCCAGAAUCUGCUGCUUGAUCCAGAGACGGCUGUACUGAAGCUCUGCGACUUUGGCAGUGCGAAGCAGCUGGUCCGUGGAGAACCUAACGUGUCCUACAUCUGCUCCCGCUACUAUCGGGCCCCUGAACUCAUCUUUGGGGCCACUGACUACACCUCCAGCAUAGAUGUGUGGUCAGCUGGCUGCGUGCUGGCAGAGCUGUUGCUAGGACAACCAAUCUUCCCUGGCGACAGUGGUGUGGAUCAAUUGGUUGAAAUAAUUAAGGUUCUCGGAACCCCGACCCGAGAGCAAAUACGCGAGAUGAACCCCAACUACACUGAGUUCAAAUUCCCCCAGAUUAAGGCACAUCCUUGGACUAAGGUGAGUCAACAGGUCUUCCGGCCUCGCACACCUCCAGAGGCCAUCGCCUUGUGCUCUCGCCUGCUAGAGUACACGCCCACAGCGCGCCUCACCCCUCUAGAGGCUUGUGCUCACUCCUUCUUUGACGAGCUGCGUGACCCCAAUGUCAAGCUUCCCAACGGCAGAGAGAAACCCUCGCUGUUUAACUUCACCACCCAGGAGCUAUCCAGUAAUGCCUCUUUGGCCUCCAUACUCAUCCCAGCCCACGCCCGCAGCCAGGCCGCCGCCUCCACUCCAACCAACGCGUCUGCCACCACAGACGGCAGCAGCACAGAGCGAGGUCCCAGCACCACCACCGCCUCCGCCUCCAACUCCAUCUCCUGAGCCCACAGAACUCCCGGCCCCGCCUCAGCCCACAGCCCCAGCCCACAGCCUCUUCAUUGCCCUGACCAGGGGGUGAGCUCCGAUCGGCUCUGCUCCUGCCUCGCUCUCCUCCCUGGCAGCGGCGCAGCUAUGCUGAGGCAGCCUGGGUUCAACAGCUAAACAAUCCCCCUCCCACCCCCAAAAACACAGGCAUCCCUGAGCCCUCCCCUGACCCAUAAGCAGGUGUUCGAACUCCUCCCCUCCUCCGUUAAAGGCACCUGAAAGCGAAGCGUGGGCCGCCUGUGUUGCUGACUGUACUAAACUUCACACGUAUACACCACGCUAGACAUCCACAAGAGGACAAUCUGUAGAAAAGUCCUUCGCUGUCCCCGUCAACCUGUCCUCUCCUUAUAUUGUACCGUUUCCCUGCAUCCCCCCACUUCUCCCCCGUCUCCCUCGGUUCCUUCUGUAGUGCAUGACCUGAGUACAAUAAGGGGAGGGGGCACUGUCAUGUCCUCUCACCACUACUUCUGCAAACAAGGCAUGAGGCUCCCGCACGCGUAAACACACACUCAAGACACACACACGGAUGCAUGAUGAUCCUAUGUGGAAGGGAGCAGUCCCGCCUCGAGGAGGGAGGAGGAGGGGUAGAAUUAUUUGGACAUUUGUUUUCUUUUUGCCCGGGGUUGUUUUUAGGCAUUAAGCUCUUUUAUUCUGUUUUUAUUUUAUUUUUAUUUUGUACUCCUGGGCAGAUGUUAUUUGUUUUGGAGGGUGUGUGAUGGGCGUGAUGUGUAUCUGGUCCUGUGUGCUUGUAUGAUUUAUACAUACAGUACAAAUACGCAUACACACUUUAUAUAAUACUUUUCUUUAUGUAUAAAAAGUAUAUAUAGAUUCUAUGUAUAUUAUCUACAGUGGUUCAGAAAUCAUUUACGGUGAGCUCAUAUCUGGUGGAGCCGUGGCAAUAUUUGCUGCCGCCCAAAGACGACAGACUUCACUAAGUUUUUAUUUUGUAUCUGGAGUUGCUGGCCUCCGGCAGCCACCUCCCUCUCCUCCUGUGUAGAUGGAUGUAGGGUGCUGCUCUGCUCCUUUUGCCUUCGACUCCGUCUAAUAUCGCGUCUGUGACGAUGCAACGUGUCCCCCAGUCCACCUCCUCCUGGAGACUUCCAGAUGAUCGCUUUUUUCUUGUCUGGGCUGUUUUCGAAGCCCCGGCGGCGGUCCUCGGUGCACCGCAGGCUGUCUCAUGUCGACGGAAAUGUUAGCCACGUGUUUGUUUUCCCCUCCUUUCCACCUACAGCACAUAGAGCCGCUCACUACAGGCUGACGAAUUAUCUUCUCUACAUUUAAAAAAGAAACAAAGAAACUGAAUUUGUACAUACAGCCUAAAUGCUCCUCACCAAAACUCGUACGUCUUGUAUGUUAAUUUUUUUAUGUUGCGUUGAGUCGUUUUCCAUGUUGUGUUCACCGUAUGUAUAUAUACGCAGACCCAUGUACUGUUUAUGAGCAAAAACAAAGACGGGGAAGAAAGAAAGCAGGAAAACAUUAAAAUCAGGGCAAAACUGAUGUUUAUGGGUGUGUUAGAAGAUGAUCAGCUUUAUCCAGCCAUAUGUUCAAUCUUUACCUGUACAGUUCAUUAGAAGACCGCUGUAUUAUUGUAACAAGGACUAGUCAUGUAUAGUGUAACUAUAGUUUGGAGUGCCUUUGCUUUCAUACACCUUCGCCUUGUCUCCACCCUCACCCAAUGUUGUGACUCUCCCUUUGGUGCUGUUGAAUGUCGUGCUACUCACCCCCCACCCCAAUCACACAGCAGUUGUAUUAUAGGCUUUAGAGGUAAGGAUGGCUCUCCUUACUGCAGAUUCACUAGACACCUGUUGAUUUUGGUAGAUGUUUAAUCCCCCACACCCACAUGGACUGAGGUGGGUGGUGGCAGGAGGGGGGGGGGGGGGGGGGGGGCUGGUAUACUGUACAUAUAAUACAGUAGAGACUUUGUGUCACUGACAGUGUUGGUUCUGUUACCAAAGCCAAACGUUGAUGUAGUUGUGCCGAGCCAUCCUCAGAGGCAAUAACUCCUUUUUCUCUGUUCUCUUGCUUGCGCCCCCCCCCCCCCCUCCUAAUUCUGUUGGUGGGAGGGGGUUCAGUAGCACCGAAGGGGUUGAGUCAAAUAGCCCCCACCCCCCCAUCUCCUGCUUGCUGUAAUUUAGCAUUCAUGAGCGUAUUGCUACCCUCCACAAGGUUUGACCACUUUAACCUAACUUUUAACACCCAGUUCAUCAAAAUACUAGAACAGUUACCCAAAAAAAAAAAAACAAAGCAAGUAUAAAUACUAGUAUCAUAUACUAGCUUACAGAUGUGCUAACUGGGCCUACCUGGGAUUAAAGAGAAGAAAAAAAAUAUUAAAAAAAAACUAUUACAAAAACAUCCUGUAUAACAGUACUACUUGAAUGCCUUUGUUUGUGACUGAACUUUUUAUUUAGUUUUCAUUUGUUUUUGUUCUGUGAAGGUAUGCUAAAUGUGCGCCUCUGUAAAUACUCCCCUCUGCGUGCCCCGAGGAAUAGUUCCCUGGUACUGUAAUUUGCAUUAAAUAAAGAGUAGGAUAGCCUGGAAAUGAUCAAGAAUUA